CCUGUCUAAAGGUAAAGGGCCCACCCAAGACAAGGAGUUCAGCUCUCUCCGUAAAACUUUUUUUUUAGCAGAAAUGACAGCAAAAGCCAAAAUUUUGCAGUGGUCCGAUGGAAAAUUUCGCGAGAGGCCGGAGGAGUUUACCCUCUCUGAACAUCCGAGGUUGACCCGCAGUGACCCACGGGCCUGGAUGUCCUCCGCGUCCCCCGCGUACUCGCCCUCAGGUGACCACUACGCACACACGCCGGUGGACGCCGCCAUGGACAGGUACAUCUCCGGAGCCAGCAGUCCUCUGACGGCGGAAUCCGAUCUGGGAGGACCUAAAGCGCACGGUGGGGCCAAGCAAAACCUCACCGGACCUCAGAAACACAGACGCGUGGCCGCUAACGCCAGAGAAAGGCGGCGGAUGCACGGACUGAACCGAGCAUUUGACAAACUCAGGAGCGUCAUUCCUUCUUUGGAAAACGAGAAAAAACUGUCCAAAUAUGACACCCUGCAAAUGGCGCAGAUUUACAUCACAGAACUAUCCGAGCUGCUGGAAGGCGUCGUGCAGUCGGAGUGCAGAGGUCUGCGGGACGGAUGCGUCGCGUCUGGUAACCAUGGUAACCUUGGACCCAGGGGUUCGGCUCAGACUUUGAGGAGCAGCAUCCCUUACGCAAUGGACGCGCCUUCUAAUUUUGCUCCCGAGAAAAAAGAUGUCACGUCCAACGCGAGUGACGGCGAAUCGUCUCAUUUCAGCGACAUAGAAGAGGGACACACUGCAGGACGCUGAUGGCUUUGCUGGAUUGACUUUGAGACUGCGGCACUCUGAUGAAUGAUCAAUUAUUUGUCUGUGUUUUAGUAGACACUGAAAGAACCAAAUAGAUAGGCCCUGCGGAUGAUGGUUAGCUCUAGACGACGUUUCAUUAGGCAAUUGAUAAAACUACUGAAAACUCUCAAGAAAGGGAAGAAACAAAAAAUGAGGAAAACACCUACAAGCCCUUUAGUUGCACUUUAUGACAUCUACAUUUGGAUUUUUUCACUUCACAUGUACAAAACCUCCAUCGGUAAUGACGAAAAUGUUAUUUAAGUAUCUUUGUGAUUUUUUAUUACCUCAAAACUUUAAUAAAGAUUUCUUUUCGUAU